GAUGCUGACGUGUCAUACUUCAAAACCAGUAAAAGAACAGUAAAAUUAUAAAACCCUAAUUUUACCAUUUCUCAGCUCCGAUCACCGUCGAGUGAUCAACAAUGAAGUUCCAAAUCGAAGACGUGACGGUGUAUUUCCCGUACGAUAAUAUCUAUCCGGAGCAAUAUUCUUACAUGUUAGAGCUCAAGCGUGCCCUAGACGCUAAAGGUCACUGUCUUCUAGAAAUGCCUACCGGAACCGGGAAAACUAUAGCGUUACUCUCGUUAAUCACUAGUUACUCCCUUUCCAAGCCGCAAACUGCAAUGAAGUUAAUUUACUGCACGCGUACUGUUCAUGAGAUGGAGAAAACCCUAGCUGAAUUGAAAUUGUUGCAUAAUUACCAGGUCAAGCAUUUAGGACCUGCUGCGAGGAUUUUAGCCAUUGGAUUGUCUUCGAGGAAGAAUUUAUGUGUGAAUUCCAAGGUUUUGGCUGCGGAGAAUCGAGAUUCAGUUGAUGCUGCUUGUAGAAAGCUGACAGCUAGCUGGAUUAGAUCCAUGGCUGCUGAGAAUCCUAAUGUGCCGACCUGCGAGUUUUUUGAGAGCUAUGAGCGGGCUGCGAAUGCUGCUGUUUUGCCGCCCGGAGUUUACACGCUUCAGGAUUUGAGGGCGUAUGGGAAGGAUAAAGGGUGGUGUCCGUACUUUUUGGCGAGGCAUAUGGUGCAGUUUGCAAAUGUUGUUGUUUAUAGUUAUCAGUAUUUGCUUGAUCCUAAAGUUGCAGGGAUUAUAUCAAAGGAAAUGCAGAAAGAAUCUGUUGUUGUGUUUGAUGAGGCGCAUAAUAUUGAUAAUGUGUGUAUUGAAGCACUUAGUGUUAGUGUGAGGAAGCAGACUCUUGAUGGGGCUUCGAGAAAUCUCUCGAAGAUGAGUCAUGAGAUUGAAAGGUUCAAGGCCACUGAUGCAGGUAGGCUGCGAGCUGAAUACAACCGGCUUGUUGAGGGUCUAGCACAGCGAGGAAAUCUUUCUGCCUCGGAUACCUGGCUUUCAAAUCCUGCCUUGCCUGAUGAUAUUCUGAAAGAGGCAGUUCCAGGUAACAUUCGCCGAGCAGAGCAUUUUCUUCAUGUCUUGCGUAGGUUGGUUCAAUACCUUGAAGGAAGGCUGGAUACUGAGAAUGUUGAGAAGGAAAGUCCUAUUAGCUUUGUAGCCCAUCUAAAUACACAUGCUGGAAUUGAUCAGAAAACACUGAAGUUUUGUUAUGAUCGCCUACACUCACUUAUGUUGACACUAGAAAUUACAGACACAGAUGAGUUUUUACACGUCCAAACAAUUUGCGACUUUGCCACGCUUUUGGGGACAUAUUCUCGUGGAUUUUCCAUCAUUAUUGAACCUUUUGAUGAAAGAAUGCCGCAUAUUCCUGACCCUGUAUUGCAGCUAAGCUGUCAUGAUGCUUCCCUUGCCAUAAAGCCAGUAUUUGACCGGUUCCAGUCUGUUGUCAUUACUUCUGGAACUCUAAGCCCUAUUGAUCUUUACCCGCGUCUUCUUAAUUUCCAUCCUGUUGUCAGUCGGAGCUUUACAAUAUCCUUGACAAGAGAUUGCAUUUGCCCAAUGGUUCUUACUCGUGGAAGUGACCAACUUCCAGUGAGUACCAAAUUUGAUAUGAGGAGCGACCCAGGUGUUGCAAGAAACUAUGGGAAGCUCUUGGUGGAGAUGGUCUCUGUUGUUCCAGAUGGAAUUGUAUGCUUUUUUGUCAGUUACUCAUACAUGGAUGGGAUUAUCAACAGCUGGAAUGAAACUGGAAUCUUGAAGGAAAUAAUGCAACAUAAGCUUGUUUUUAUCGAAACCCAAGAUGUAGUAGAAACUACAUUAGCGCUUGACAACUACCGUAAGGCUUGCGAUUGUGGGAGAGGUGCAGUCUUUUUUUCUGUGGCUAGGGGAAAGGUUGCUGAAGGAAUAGAUUUUGACCGUCACUAUGGUAGACUAGUGAUCAUGUUCGGCAUUCCUUUCCAGUACACCUUAAGCAAAAUAUUACUCGCACGGCUGGAGUAUUUGCGGGACACAUUUCAAAUUAAAGAAGGCGAUUUCCUAACAUUUGAUGCUUUGAGACAAGCUGCUCAAUGCGUUGGCCGAGUUAUCAGGUCAAAGGCUGAUUAUGGGAUGAUGAUUUUUGCUGACAAAAGAUAUAGCCGUCAUGACAAGCGUUCAAAGUUGCCUGGUUGGAUCCUGUCACAUUUGCGUGAUGCAAACCUGAAUUUGAGCACUGACAUGGCUCUGCAUAUAGCGCGUGAGUUUCUUCGAAAAAUGGCUCAACCUUACGACAAGACUGGUGCUGCGGGUAGGAAAACACUGUUGUCGCAGGAAGAUUUGGAAAAAAUGGCCGAAAGUGGAGUGCAGGGUAUGUUGUGAUAACAAUAAACUUUUUGUCUCAACCCGAUUUUUCUAUAGUUAUGCUGGCUACUACAUAAACAUUGCAAGUUUUGAUGCAAUGUGCGUAGUUAAGAGCUAACUUUACUAAUUUAAAGGGUAGUUAAUUGAUUAUUA